UGGGUCGGCAAUAACACGUAUUGACAAUGUAUAUAAACACUUGCUGAACAUAGGGAUAUUUAUGUGACUAUCUCGGUAAAUUCAAUAUGGAAGGUUUAUUAAGUUUAGCCAACAUUCCCGUGUUGUUAAUAUUCAUAACAGUUUUCUUGAUUUGUUACCUGUAUUUACAAAGGAGAUCGAACUUCCCACCAGGACCCACGGGUUUGCCUGUUUUAGGCAACCUGCUUUGGUUAAAAGGACUAAAAAGGAAAGGGAUAAAACAAUACCAAGCGUUGUUUGAGGCAAGCAAAACGUACGGAGAUGUAGUAUCAAUUAAGGUCUUGGGUCAGAGGUUCGUAUUUCUGCAUGGAUAUGAAACAAUUCGUGAGGCCUUCGUGAAGAAUGGGGAUGUAUUCAGUAACCGACCUGGCUGGCUAAAGGGACUUAAAGAGGCUAUCAAGGAAGGAAAAGGUGUUGUAUGGCAAAGCGGGAAUGAGUGGAAAGUUUUGCGGAAGUUUGUACUGCAGACACUUAGAGAAUUUGGCGUUGGGAAGACAACUUUAGAACAAAAAAUCAUGCGGGAAGUUGACGCUGCUAAUGACGUUCUCUAUGCCACCAACGGAAAACCGUCGGACGUGCGACUGCUUACGUCAAUGAUGAUCAGCAAUGUUAUUUAUGGAAUCGUUUUCGCGAAAAGGUUUGACUACAAAGAUAAAAAGUUACACGAAAUCAUAGAAAACCUGGAUAAGUUAUUCCAAGGUGGUGGCGCACUUACCCCUGAAGGGAUGGUACCAAAAUUUCUUCUUAAGCUAUUUAACAAAGAGGGUUACAAAAGUAGAGAGAAUCGUCUGUGUACACUACAAUGGAUAAAAGGACAUAUUUACGGCGAGAUAAGCGACCAUGAGAGCACGUUUGACAACGAGAACAUACGAGAUUUCAUAGAUUUGUAUCUGCAAGCGAAGAUUCAACACUCUGACGAAAAUAUUUUCAACAAGGGAAACAUGUUUCGGGUGAUAAUGGAUCUAUUUAUAGCAGGCUCAGAAACAACGUCAAAUACAAUCAACUGGUGUAUACUUUAUAUGCAAGAGUACCCGGAUAUACAGAAAAAAUGUCAGGACGAAAUAUUUGAGAAAUGUGGAGACAAGGUAGUUACAUGGGCAGAGAGAAGUUCCUUGCCGUACAUCGAGGCAACGCUGCUUGAAAUACAAAGAAUGGCAAAUAUAGCACCUAUGUCAGUGCCACACACAACUGAGGUUGAUGUAACUUUCGGAGGAUACUUUAUACCGCGGAGGUCUCUGAUAAUUGCCAAUUUAUACUCAUCCAAUAUGGACCCGUGUCAAUGGAACCAGCCAGAAAUCUUCAAUCCUGAGAGGUUCAUGGAAGGCGGGAAACUAACGAAAAAUCCAGCUCUGAUCCCGUUUUCAAUAGGUCCACGGAUAUGUUUAGGAGAAUCUUUGGCCAGAAUGGAAAUGUUUUUGAUCUUCACGAAUCUGCUACAGCGAUUUACCUUCUGUAGAGAAGACGAUAACGUCAAACACUCUUUCGAGAAUAUUUUAAAGCAAGCAACAAGCGCUCCAAAACCAUACAAAACUCGUGCUGUUAAGCGAACUUAGAUCAUCAUGUAGAACAAUUCAAUGGUAAAAAUAAUAAUAUUUUCUUACAAUCAUAAAACUGUGGCAUUUUUAGUGAAAUAGACUAUAUAUACACUGAAACAUUAAACAUGAACUUGUCAGUGCGUUUCCAUCAGAAACUGUGAGACGGCGUGUCAAGAAAGGAAAAUGCUCUGUUUGCAUUUAUAAUACUCCUAUGGUUUUGUGGAUGAAGAAGGCAGAAAAAUGUUGACAAAGAUAUAAUCAGUCUUGCAAUAGAAAGUAUCGUAAAUCAAAUAUGAAAGAGCAAAACUUUGACAAACGUAAUGGGUUUGUCUAUAUUCCUUAGGAUAAAUAAUAUGUUUAUCAAAUUUAUACUAAUGCUCAAAUAAAUUUGUCUAUACUGA